AUGCCGCCGAAGCUGAAGCGGCCGCGGGUCGCGGUGACGUCACCCACCCGGGCCCGGCCCUGUCACCCCGUGACGCGGCGCCGGGUCCCGGCCCCCCCCAACAAGUUGUCGCGGCCCCACCGCGGGAAGAGGGAGCGCCCCUGGGGGGGGAGGAGGAGGAGGGAGCGCACCCCCACCUCGGGCUCGGGUGAUGCAGACGCCCCCCCCCCCUACUACCUGGGGAACUUCCCCAAGCGGGUCGUGGCCGCGGUGCUGCGGAGCCCCCCGCCGAGCUGUUUGAACGAGGAUGACGCCCGCUGGAUCGGCCCGUUCGGGCGGCUCUCGGCUGCUGCUCAGAAACUCUACGUCAGGCUUUUCCAACGGAAGCUGAAUUGGCUGAAGGUGAAAAAACUGGAUUAUGCUGAGGUGUGCCUGGAUCUGAUGCCAGUCAUCGAUGAGCUGGCCCUGGCUGGCCUGGUUCAGACAGAGGCUGAACUACACGAUGUUUCCAACGGCCUGGCCCUGCUGACGGCUUCUGAACUCAAACUGCUGACCAGACACUUCCAUUUGCGUGCCCAGGGUCAGAGGUUGGAGAUGAUUGGGUCAUUGCUGAGCUUGGCCAAGCAGCAGUCGAUCUUCAGCGUGAAUCGUAGUCCUGGGUCUGCCAUUCUGACCAGGAUGAAGGAGAUGGUUGGGCCCUGUGUACGCAUAUCCAUAGCUGCCCGCGCCGUCUUCUCACGAGUGCUGUUGCUCUACUCCCUGACGCAGCCGAUGGACGAGGAGGAUGCGGCCUGCGCCGGUCAGAACCAGUUGUCUACACUACUGAUGGUCAACAUGGGCCGGCUCACCUUCCCACAUUACACCAUCCACAGGGAGGCCAAGAUCUUCCAGAACAGAGAGGACUUGCUCAGGUAUGAAGCAGCCUGUCACACGCUGGCUGAGCUGGGAGCAGCAAUGGCCGCCAAGGAUUGGGAAGUUGCUCUGCAGAUUUAUCAAAGGGCCAAGGAGACGUGGAGUCACCUGGACAACAGCAGUAACCUCUGGUUGUGGCGGCAGCUGCCGGUUUACCUGCGAUGCUUCACCGCCGGCUGGGUCUACACCAUUGUCCGCUGCAGAGGGGUGGAGGUUCUACAGCGGCUGCACAUGUACACGGAGGCGGUGGUGGAGUUGAGGAACCUCCUGGACCAGAGCGACUUCUGCCCAGAGAACCGUGGCCACUGGUGGGACCGGCUGUCACUCAACCUGCAGCAACAUCUGAGACAGCCGGAGCAGGCAGUGGCGUGCGUAAGGACAGCGCUGGCUGAUAUACGGGUGCGUGCGGGACACCGACUGGCACUGCAGCAACGGGCACAACGCAUGCACGACUCCCCGAGCUGCAGGCAGUGGCACCACCUCCUCCAGGACCUGCCCGUCAUACACGUGGAAGAUGUGCCACAUGUGACGAUAAAGGGCAGACCGUGCCCGGGAAUGGGCUCUGCCCGGUUCCUGCUGGAGGAGGAGCCUGGCUCCGCAGUGAUCUGUUCGGUGGAGGUGCUGUGUCUGGCUCACUACCGCCAGCUGGACUUUGAUCAAGGGAUACAUGGGGAAGGGGCCACGUUCCUAACACUAUUCGGACUUCUCUUUUGGGAGAUCAUCUUCCUGCCGGGAAUACCAGAUGUUUUCCGGAAUCCAUUUCAGACCUGUCCUUUGGAUCUGUACACAGACUGUUUCUACCGGAACCGGACAGAGCCCAUUGAAUCGAGGCUCCGGCUCCUGCAAGAAGCUUCCACAGACACUCUCCACGCACUCAUGGCUGACGUGUGGAACACUCACAAAGACACAGCGACUGCUUUGGUGAACUGGGAGAUCUUCCGUUCCAUUCAGCAGGCCCAGAGCCUGGUGAGCUGCCUGGGUGGUCUGUUCCUGAGUGGCGUGUGUAGGAUCCUGGCAGAGGACCCAAGGCAGGGCCGUGGAGGCCUACCCGACCUAGUGGUGUGGAGCAGUGAGAGGCUGCAGUACAAGUUGGUGGAAGUGAAAGGCCCGAGUGACCAGUUGUCGCACAAGCAGAGGGUCUGGCUGCAUCGGCUGCAUAAACUGGGGGCUGCCGUCGAGGUUUGCCAUGUGAGUGUGGUGGGAGCACGCAGCCUGCAGCUCAGUUGAAGCCAGUGCAGGUCUGCAAACUCCUGCCCUCGCCCUCCACCAGCUCCAACUUGCAAUCAAUCAUCUGAACAACAUUUGACAAAUCCUCUAGAGCUGACACGGAGACAAGUACUGAGUCGUACAGUGAGGCCUGGCUAGACGAGGUCACGUGAGGAGAUCAGAGACAUCCUCACGGCUGCAAGGUGACAGAUUGGUGCAGAAUGUCACGGUUACCAAGUCAGUCCUGUGGCACAGUGUGGUCAUGGAGGUGCAUGUAGUACGCACUGAAGUUUUUAAACACUAAAUAAAAAUGAACACCAACAGCU